CCGUUUCAUCCAAUGGUGAAUUUGGAAUGCUCCCGAGAUUUUCGACCGUUUCUUUGUGCCCUCUAUGCUCCUGUGUGCAUGGAGUAUGGCCGUGUCACUCUCCCUUGUCGUAGACUCUGUCAAAGAGCAUACAGCGAGUGCUCCAAACUCAUGGAGAUGUUUGGGGUCUCUUGGCCUGAGGAUAUGGAGUGCACCAGAUUCCCAGAUUGUGAUGAGCCAUAUCCUCGUCUUGUUGACCUCAAUUUAGCUGGGGAGCCCACAGAAGAGGCCCCUAUGGCAGUACAGAGGGAUUACGGUUUUUGGUGUCCUCGGGAGUUGAAAAUAGACCCUGAUCUGGGUUACUCUUUCCUGAGGGUACGGGACUGUUCCCCUCCUUGCCCAAAUAUGUACUUUCGGCGUGAAGAGCUCUCCUUUGCUCGCUACUUCAUCGGAGUGAUCUCCAUCGUCUGCCUUUCUGCUACCUUGUUUACUUUUUUAACUUUUCUGAUCGAUGUCACAAGAUUUCGCUAUCCAGAAAGACCGAUAAUAUUUUAUGCUGUCUGUUACAUGAUGGUGUCGUUAAUUUUCUUCAUUGGCUUUCUGCUUGAAGACCGAGUAGCGUGUAAUGCAUCUAGCCCUGCCCAGUACAAGGCUUCCACAGUGACCCAGGGCUCUCACAACAAAGCUUGCACCAUGCUUUUCAUGGUGCUCUAUUUCUUUACCAUGGCUGGCAGUGUUUGGUGGGUCAUUCUUACCAUCACGUGGUUCUUGGCAGCUGUGCCAAAAUGGGGCAGUGAAGCCAUCGAGAAGAAAGCGUUGCUCUUCCACGCCAGUGCCUGGGGCAUUCCAGGAACUCUAACCAUCAUCCUCUUAGCAAUGAAUAAAAUUGAAGGUGACAAUAUUAGCGGCGUAUGUUUUGUUGGCCUCUAUGAUGUGGAUGCAUUAAGAUACUUUGUACUUGCACCUCUCUGCCUGUAUGUUGUUGUUGGAGUUUCCCUUCUGCUAGCUGGCAUUAUCUCUCUCAAUCGGGUUCGCAUUGAAAUCCCAUUAGAGAAAGAGAACCAGGACAAACUAGUGAAGUUCAUGAUCCGGAUUGGCGUGUUCAGUGUUCUAUACCUCGUGCCACUGUUGGUUGUAAUUGGCUGCUAUUUCUAUGAGCAGGCUUAUCGAGGUGUAUGGGAGACGACGUGGAUUCAAGAACGCUGCAGAGAAUAUCACAUCCCGUGUCCCUAUCAGGUCACUCAGAUGAGUCGUCCAGAUUUGAUUCUCUUUCUCAUGAAAUAUCUCAUGGCUUUGGUUGUUGGGAUACCUUCUGUCUUCUGGGUCGGAAGCAAAAAGACCUGUUUCGAGUGGGCCAGCUUUUUUCAUGGACGCAGGAAAAAAGAAGUUGUAAACGAGAGUCGUCAAGUGCUGCAGGAGCCAGACUUUGCUCAGUCUCUUCUGAGAGAUCCCAAUACCCCCAUCAUCCGAAAGUCCAGAGGCACUUCCACCCAGGGCACCUCCACUCAUGCCUCCUCCACCCAGCUGGCGAUGCUGGACGACCAAAGGAGCAAAGCAGGCAGCGUCCACAGCAAAGUCAGCAGCUACCACGGCAGCCUGCACCGAUCGCGUGAUGGCCGGUACACUCCCUGCAGCUACAGAGGCGUAGAAGAAAGACUACCUCACGGCAGCAUGUCACGACUGACUGAUCAUUCCAGGCAUAGCAGCUCUCAUCGGCUUAAUGAACAGUCGCGUCACAGCAGCAUCAGGGACCUCAGCAGCAACCCAAUGACACACAUCACGCACGGGACCAGCAUGAACCGCGUUAUCGAAGAGGACGGCACCAGCGCUUGA